CAGGGCGGCCCCGGCGCCCGGUUCCUGGCCACGCUCGCCUCCUGCCCGCGCCAUGACCCAGUCCAUGCCCCGGCUCUCCCUGCCAGCCGCCCUGGCCCUGGGCUCGGCCGCGCUGGGUGCCGCCUUCGCCACUGGUCUCUUUGUGGGGAGACGGUGCCCCUCCUGGCGAUCCCGGCGAGAGAAGCGCCUGCUGCCCUCCGAAGACACCCUGUGGCAGUACCUGCUGAGCCGCUCCAUGCGCGAGCACCCGGCGCUGAGGCGCCUGCGGCUGCUGACCCUGGAGCAGCCGCACGGGGACUCCAUGAUGACCUGUGAGCAGGCCCAGCUCCUGGCCAACCUGGCGCGGCUCAUCAAGGCCAAGAAGGCGCUGGACCUGGGCACCUUCACGGGCUACUCGGCCCUGGCGCUGGCCCUGGCGCUGCCCCCCGCCGGGCGCGUCGUGACCUGCGAGGUGAACGCGGGGCCCCCUGAGCUGGGGCGGCCCUUGUGGAGGCAGGCCGAGGAGGAGCACAAGAUCGACCUCCGGCUGAAGCCCGCCCUGGAGACCCUGGACGAGCUCCUGGCCGCGGGCGAGGCCGGCACCUUCGACGUGGCGGUGGUGGACGCGGACAAGGAGAAUUGCGCCGCCUACUACGAGCGGUGCCUGCAGCUGCUGCGUCCCGGAGGCGUCCUCGCCGUGCUGAGUGUGCUGUGGCGCGGGGAGGUGUUGCAACCUCAGAAGCGGGGCGCAGAGGCUGAGUGUGUGAGAAACCUGAAUGAGCGCAUACUGCGGGACGCCAGGGUUCACAUCAGCCUCCUGCCCCUGGGCGACGGCCUCACCUUGGCCUUCAAGAUCUAGGGCUGGCCCCUAACCAAUACUCUCAAAGGGCGGGUACCUGGGACACCCGGCUAUCCCCCCCUGAGCUUUAAACCCGACAAUAAAGUGGGGCCUGGGACCCAA